UAUUUUGAAAAAAAGUCUUUUAAACACUCACAAUUUUUAUUAUCAUUAAAUUUCUUUAUCAGUAGGUCACCAUCUUUUGGUACGUCAAAGAUACUCACAACUGCAAAUAACUAUGGAUAUUCGAAAUUGAAAAUGGAACAUCUAGGAAUUUUGUUUCUAAGUUUAAUAACAUUUUUAAUACUACAGUGAACAAAACAUUAUAACAACAUUUAAUAAUUUCUAAAUGCAUACUGUUCAUAAAAUCAUUAGUUAUUGAAAGUAUAAUUGAUAUAAAUUAUAAUGAAGUUUACACAAGUAUUAUAUAAAAUACAUAUAGGAAAAGCAAUAAGAUAUCUAUGGCAACAUCAACGAGAAAGACCUAUAGUUUACAAUCCUGUUCACAAAGUAUUAGCUUCUAUGGGCAUUACAGUAGAAGAUGCUUUAAAAGUAGUAACACCACCACCAAAGCAUACUCCCUAUGUAAUUGAAAUAGAUACAAUUUCAAACACAGUUAAAAACUGGGAGGAUAAAAAAUGUGUAGUAUUCGAAGAUCAUAAUGUUUUACAAGAAGGUAUAUCACAAGCAUGUUUGCUGACAAAUACAUUACAAAUUGAUGAUCAAUUACCACAGAAAGUGAAGGAAUUAAUUACAGACAUUCCAGCUGAUGUAAAUAAUACUGUGAAGAGAAUUGUUUGUACAUCCACUAUAUAUGAUCCUCAACAAGUAAAAUUACCAAUAAUAAAGGAUCCUGAAAGACCUGCUUGGGUGUUUCCUAGAAGAUAUGGUAUAUCUAGCACAAGAAAAAUGCAUAAUUUGUCCAAGAAAUUUUUACAGCUUUGUGAAUCAUUAAAUGGACUAAAUAUUGCACAAUACCGUUCUAUAGUACAUAAUGGACUCUGUUGUGUGGGCAUAGAUAGGGAACGUGAUUUGAUUCAAUUCUCUUUAAAAAUGGAUUUGAUGAUGACAUCUACAAUACCUUUAUCACCAGUGGCAGAUGUAAAUACUCAUCCUGAACUUCAUAUGCCUGAUAUUUAUCCAUUACAUCAUUGUAUUGGUUUACGAAAAUCAGACAUUUGUAAAUACGAGAUAUUCCCAAUCAAUAUAAAAUCACCAAUAGUCAGCAAUAUACAUACUAUAUUUAUAAACUACGAUCCAGAAGAAGUUAAAAAUUUAACCGAAUUACCAGUUACUGAAGACCAAAUUUAUGCACGCUCGUUGAUAAAAUCAUUCACUGCAGCGGCUGGUUUUGCUCGCCAAAAGUUUGGAACAGAAGUAAAAGAAUUGCCAGAACCUGUUGUUGUACAGUGUGUUCAGUCAGAUGGGCAAAAGUUUCAUUUUUCCGUGUACCAACUUAAUACUUUAGAUUUGGAUAAUGAAAAUAUCAGAAAUUUCUGGUGGUCAGAGCCAUUCAUAAAACUGUACGAAUUAGCUGAUUAUGAAGAUGCACGACCUUGUUUACGAGGUUAUAACAAUGCAGUUUUUAAAAGAUUCCUUGCAUUUUAUCAAAAUAAGUAAAUAAUUAUAUCGACUGAGCAAAUUUUAAUAAAAAGUAUUCCUUUGUUUAA